AGUUGAAACACCUUGAAAAUAUAGAAAUUGGAAAUAGAAAGAAAGAUGGCAGUCCAGAAAAGAAAUCUGUUUGUAUCUCUUCUCAGCAUCUUCUGCCUUGCCUCAUCCAUCUCUGCACAAGGUUGUACAAAUGGUUACAUUACCUUCGAAUUGAUAACGGGCUUUGUGUACUCUGCAUCCGAAGACACGCUGGAUAUAGCUCCUGGGACACUCAUGUUAACAGAGUGUUUACGACUCUGUCAAAAUAACGCCACCUGCCAGUCUAUUAAUUUCGAAACAGGUCUCUGUGUGCUCUUUUCGUCCAGCGCCACCCAGCGGCCGGCAGCACUAAAAACAUCUCAUUUUCCUGUCUUUACCAUGUAUGCACAUAAAGUGUGCUUAUUAGGUAUUAAGCCCUGUAAUAGAUACUGGAUGUUUGAACGGGUUAAAGGUCACAUACUCCGAGAUUUGACCCGUAAGACGUAUUCAGCCACAUCAAGAGAAGCAUGCAUUGAGAAAUGUUUCCAAGAGCGAAAUUUUCAGUGUCGUUCUGCUAACUUUGACCCCUCUACCGGUGAAUGUGCCAUUAGCGAUAUGGACAGACAUUCCGUUCCUGAUGAAAGCAGGUAUUUUGCGCCAUCUAACGACAGAAUUGAGUACUUGGAAAACAACUGUGUUGACGAAGGCGUAAGACUAUGUGAAUUUCAAAAAGUGAAUGGAAGAAUUAUAAAAACAGUGGACGCCGUCUUUGAGAAUAUCACAUCACUAGAAGAAUGCCGGAAGAUGUGCAUGAGCGUCCCCUACCGGUGUCAUUCUUUUGAUAUGAGUGAUCCAGCUAGCCGAGUCUGUCGGCUAAGCCACCACGAUUCGGCCUCACUUGCACAUAUUAAAAACCCUUACCUUGAGUCGGCGGGAGUAACGACCUACGAGUUAUCUGCUUGCUAUAACGUAACAAUUCUCUGUGAAGCUAAGGAAAUGGUUGCCAAAGUAACAUCGAGUAAACUAUUUAAUGGAAAGGUAUAUGCUAAGAAAAGACCCAAUUCUUGUGUUCAAGACGUUGUAAACAGACUGGACUUUGAGAUCAAAAUGUCUUACCAUGACCUUGAUUGCGACGUUCAACAGCAGGGCUUUGGUCAAUUUUCCAAUGAUAUUGUAAUCCAACAUCAUGAUAUGAUUGUUACAAAUCAGGACUUAGGGUUGUCUGUCCACUGUCAGUAUGACUUGUCCAACAGAAGUGUUGCAAAUGGUGUACAGCUUGAAGUAAAAGGUGAGGUAGACACCAGUGGGAGUCAGUCUGCCAUUGUUAACUCUCCUAAUGUCACAAUGAGAGUCACUGACCAGUCUGGAGAUAAUCUCCUCUCUGCUCAAGUAGGAGACCCUCUAGCUCUGCGGUUUGAAAUUAUGGAUCAAGACAGUCCAUAUGAGAUAUUUGUUCGAGAGUUGGUAGCAAUGGAUGGAGUUGACAUCAGUGAAAUUCUCCUUAUAGACAGCCUUGGUUGUCCAACAGAUGUCUCCAUCAUGGAAGCUUUAGAGAAAGUAGAUGGAAAUGGCAAAAUUCUUCAGGCUUCAUUUGAUGCAUUCAAGUUCCCCACUUCAGAAUUUGUACAAUUUAAAGCUUUGGUGACUCCGUGUAUACCUAGCUGUGAGCCGAUACUUGAGAUUGCUGUGUUGUGGAUGAUUCUUAAAAGUGAUGUCAUGAUUAGUGCAGUUUUGUGA